AUGUCAAGCGACGAGCCAGAGAAAAUACCCCAGCUCGAGUACUUCCAGCGCCUCAAACAACUUCAGGGCAUGGGGUUCAGCAACGACGACGCCGCCGAUGCUCUCCAUGAAGCCAACUUCGACAUGGAGCUGGCUGUCCAGUAUCUGACCGAGGU